GGCUAGCCUCCGUCACUCGGGGUUGUACCUUUUCUAUCUCAUUUAAAAUGUAAGCGUCAUAGAAGGCACAGGCUUCCCUAAAUUUGGUGGGCCCUAAGAUAUCACUAGAAAUAAUUAAGGAGAAAUAUGAGCUUCUUCCUUCUUCUUCUUUUUUUUUUCUUUUUAAAGAAAUGCGCUAGAAGGUCAGAAAGAAGGCAAAUUUUACAAUCCUUUGAUCCUGUGAGAGUUUUGCUAAAUUCUAAGAGUUGAAUUCAGCUGGUCUGUGAGAAACAACAGAAUGGAUUUGAAUUCCAGUCUGUCUAAUUUCACUGUUCUUACCAAAGGAUUUUCUAGCACAUGGCUGGAAUUUUUCAGAAGUACGUUUAUGACUACUUCUGAUGAUCUCCCUGAAAUCAUUCUAAUAUUGUCCUUGAUCUGCACAGUUGGAGCAUUUUUGAAUCUACACUUAAAAGACUUUCCAAUUCCUCUCCCUGUGAUAUUAUUUUUAAUUGGAUGCAGUUUUGAAAUAUUAAGUUUUACAUCUGAGCAGGUCCAAAUAUAUGCAGAUGCCAUACAAUGGAUGAGUCCAAAAGUAUUUUUUUAUCUAUUUACACCAAUAAUUAUCUUUAAUGUUGCAUUUGACAUGGAUGUUUACAUGCUGCAGAAACUAUUUUGGCAGGUACUUUUAAUUUCAAUUCCUGGCUUUUUGAUGAAUUAUAUAUUAAUUCUUUGGUAUCUGGCAUCUGUGAAUAAAUUAUUUUUGAAAACCACUCCAUGGUUAUUAUUUUCAACUAUCCUUGUGAGUUCAGAUCCCAUGCUGACGGCAGCUGCUAUAAGAGACCUUGGUCUUUCUAGAAGCCUCAUCAAUUUAAUUAAUGGAGAAAGUCUGAUGACCUCUAUAAUGUCUUUGAUUUUAUUCACUGGUAUUGAGGAUAUUAAUGUCAGCCUGCAAAAAAAGGUGAACCAUUCUUUAGCCUUGGACAUCCUGCUUGAAAUUUGGUCUUAUUUUCUAGCCAGUUUCUUGUUUGGAAUUCUAAGUUCAAAACUGAUUCAACUGUGGAUGUCUACUGUUUUUGGAGAUGAUGUCAAUCACAUAAGCCUCAGCUUUUCAAUUCUGUACCUCAUCUUUUUAAUUUGUGAGCUAGUUGGAAUGUCUGGAAUAUUUACCCUGGCCAUUAUGGGACUUUUUUUAAAUUCUACAAGUUUUAAACCAGGAGUUGAAGCACUUCUUCUCGAACUUCUGGUCUUUCUAAUAAUGAGCCCUCUUUUGUCUCGACUUGGUCAUGGGUUCAGCUGGCGCUGGGCAUUCAUAAUGGUCUGGAGUGAAAUGAAAGGAACGCCUAAUAUAAACAUGGCUCUUCUGCUUGCCUACUCUGACCUUUCUCUUGGCUCUGAGAGGGAAAAAUCUCAAGUAUUAUUUCAUGGAGUGUCAGUAUGCUUAGUUACCUUGAUUGUCAAUAGAUUUAUUUUGCCAAUGGCAGUUAGUAAACUAGGUCUUCGUGAUGUCACAUCAACAAAAUAUAAAUCACUUUAUUGUACAUUUCAACACUUUCAAGAGCUAACCAAAUCUGCAGCCUCUGCACUCAAAUUUGACAAAGAUCUUGCUAAUGCGGAUUGGAAUAUGGUUGAGAAAGCAAUUAUACUUCAAAACCCAUAUGCGUUGAGCCAAGGAGACCCAACAGAACAUCAAAAGGUGAGAUGUCUAGACUGUAACAAGGAAAUAGAUGAGACCCUUAACAUCGAAGCAAUGGAGCUGGCCAACAGGCGUCUCUUGUCGGCACAAAUAGCAAGCUACCAGAGACAAUAUAGGAAUGAGACUCUGUCCCAGAGUGCAGUCCAGGUGCUGGUAGGUGCAGCGGGAAGCUUUGGAGAGAAGAAGGGAGAAUAUAUGAGUCCUGAGACAAUAAAGAAUUAUUCUGAAAGCAAAAAACUUCUUUCCUUUAUUAGAAAAGUAUUGCUCAAUUGGGUGUAUAACACUAAAAAAGAAAAAGGGAUCCCAUCAAGACAUUGCAUUCUUCGUGUAUGCCAUAAAAUUGUAUUUACUGAUGAAUUUGAGUACAUUGGGUAUCUUGUGAUACUAAUGAAUAUGUUUCCCAUUAUAAUUUCUUGGAUACCUGAGUUAAGUGAUAUCUAUGAGCAUGAAUUAAGAUAUUGCAACUACUCUUUUCUUGCAUUUUAUAUAAUGGAGUCCCUACUUAAGAUGGCUGCAAUGAGGAAGGAAUAUUUUUUACAUACCUGGAACCUAUUUGAGUUAGCAAUUACAUUAGUUGGCAUCAUAGAUAUAAUUCUUAUUGAGACAAAUUCCAUUACUUAUACUCUUGAUUUUAUUCUAACAGUAAUCUUUAUAAAAAUUGUUCGAUUUCUUCGCAUACUACGUAUUUUGAAGCUCAUAACCCCAAAGUUGCUGCAAAUAAUAGAUCAAAAGAUGAGUCACCAGCUGUCCUUUAAGUAUGCUAUACUAAAAGGAUAUGUCCAAGGUGAAGCAGACAUAAUGACUAUAAUUGAUCAGAUUUCAAGUUCUAAGCAAGUUAAACAGAUAUUAUUAAGGAGGAUUAUGAAGAAUACAGGACAUGCUAUGAAAGAGCUAGGCUACUUAGAGUAUGAUCACCCAGAAAUCGCUGUUACUAUGAAAACAAAGGAGGAGAUUAAUGUCAUGCUCAAUUUGGCUAGAGAAAUUGUUAAGGUUUUUAGGUCAAAAGGAAUUAUUCAUAAAAUUGAAGGUUCUGAAAUUAAUAAGUUAAUAAUGGCCAAAAAAAGAGAGAUACUUGAUUUUCAACCUGUUAUCAAGCCCCUUACUGUUGAAGAAGCACUCUACCAUAUUCCAUGGCUAGAUAAAGACAAAGACCAUAUAAACUUCAUUCAGGAAAGAGCCAAAGUUGUAACAUUUGAUUGUGGAAAUGAUAUAUUUGAAGAAGGUGAUGAGCCCAAAGGAAUUUAUAUAAUAAUAUCAGGUAUGAUAAAGCUUCAAAGAUCAAAACCUGGUUUCGGAAUUGACCAAAUGCUCUGGGAGUCAGAGGAAAAAGAUUAUCAGCUAAUGUACACAGACUUUGCGAUCAGUGGGGAAAUAAUAGGAGAGCUAAACUGUUUAACUAACGAACCCAUGAUGUGUUCUGCUACCUGCAAAACUGUAGUGGAGACAUGUUUUAUUCCUAAAAAUCACUUGUAUGAAGCUUUUAAACAAUGUUGUCCUCACAUUGAGUAUAAAAUGUGGCUAAAACUUGGACUUUCUAUUACUGCCAAAAAAAUGAGGGAACAUUUAUCUUAUGAGGAUUGGAACUACAAGAUGCAGUUAAAACUCUGUAAUGUUUGUGUAAAAGAUAUACCAAAGAACACCAAAACUGAUAUCUAUGAUGAAACUGUGAUCUAUGUCAUCCUUAUCCAUGGAGCUAUAGAAGAUUGUCAGUUACGAAAAGUUUAUAAGGCACCUUCCUUAAUUCCUAUAACGUGCUAUCAGGUACAAGGCACUGAAGAUUUUACAAAGGUAAUGAUUGUUCAACCUUUGGUUGAUGUGAAAAACUUCAGAUGGAACACUAGAAAGUAUGUACCUUCGCGUAAAGCAUCUCUUCCAGUAUCAUCUGCAAGCAGACUCUAUAAAGAAGACCUUCAAUUUGACACAAAUAUUGAGAUCAAGGAAGAAAUGGACAUCUAUACGGUUGCCUAAAUAAGACUCAGUGAAAAUCUGGACUGGUGGACGACACUGUUUUGAAGACUGGCGCACGUAUGGGCACUGCUGCCAAGAGUCGCCUCCUGUUUUUGAAAUACAUUUCCCUGCAUCAAAGGGAAGCGACAUCGAGCUGGAUCCCGUAAGGAUGGUCCUGGUGCCACAAGGAAAGCUGUCUGGACCUUGCAACCAUUCCACCUAAAAUAUAUUUCUUGGAACAUUUUCUUGAUUUAAAAUC